GAUCAACGCAGCGUGAGUCUCCAGUCAAUUAAUUAAUCAAUUAUACACCGUGUGCGCCUCCUGCAUUGCAUUCCUCAGCUGUGCAUAUCGCUGAUCCAAAUCCCUCUCUGCCCUUGUGUCGCUUGAAACAGCGGCGUGAGGUCGUGGUGAGCUGAACGGCGGCAUUCGGAGCUGAAUUAUGAAGCGGUUCGCGAGUUGCUGGAGUUGAUCCUGUUCUGUAACCCCCUCUUGGAGCAAGUGAUUGGCGGAUUGCGUCAUGAGCGGCGUUUGUGGUCGAGAUUGACACGCUGAAUAGGUUGGGUUGAUUGGGUCAGUCCUUUGGGUGGACGUUUUCGUGCUACGCUUCGCUUCUCUUACUUAUGCGAGAGACAGAGCGGUUUCAGAGAUUUUACGAGUAGCUUUUGCUGGAGGCAAUCUCGUGUGUCGAUCUCGUGCUCUCGAUCCUCGAAUAAGAAGGAAAGGAUGAAAGGAUGCAACGCAAUGAGGAUUCGAAGUUGACACGGUUCAGUCACGCAAGUAGACGGCCUCGGUGUCGUCACUAUUACACAGACUCUCGGGUGGAAUUUGCCUCGAGAGUUCAUUUGAGUGCGAUUAGCAUCUGCUUGACUUUACUUUCGUGCACUUGGAUUGCACCUGCAGUCGCGACUUAUCCCACCGAGGCACGCACGAUUGGUAUCAACUACGGGAGACUAGGUGACAAUUUGCCGACCGCGAGCGAGACAGUGACUCUGAUUAAGAACUUAGGAAUAGGAAGGGUGCGGAUUUUCGACCACGAUGGGCCAACCAUCAAGGCGUUUGCAGGGUCAGGGCUGGAGUUCAUAAUCGGAAUGGGAAACGACGAGAUUCCUGCCCUCGCAAAGGACGCCAGCGCUGCAGACGCAUGGGUCGCCGCCAACGUCGUCCCGUACUACCCCGCGACCAACAUUGUCUACAUCAUGGUUGGCAACGAGCUCUUCGCCGAUCAAACUCUCGCCGCGACGUGGCUCCAAGUUGUGCCCGCAAUUCAGAACAUUCACGACAGCCUCCAGAACCACAGCUUGUCCGCCAUCCGCGUCUCCACGGCAGUCGAAUAUAGCAUUCUGGCGGUCUCCUUUCCACCUUCCAAGGGCUCAUUCCGGCCGGACGUUGCAGCCUCGGUGAUGACUCCGUUGCUCAAAUACCUCGACUCCACAGACUCGUACCUCUUUGUCAAUGUCUACCCUUACUUCGGCUGGUCUACGAACUCCCAGUAUAUCCCCUUGGACUAUGCCUUGUUCACCCGCAACACCACCUUCACAACUGAUGGGCAGUAUGGAUACGCCAACCUUCUGGACGCGCAGUUGGACGCCAUGGCGGCGGCCAUGGCAACUGUAGGGUAUCCGAAUGUGCGCAUAGCCAUUAGCGAAACUGGGUGGCCAUCAGUUGGGGAUUCCAACGAGCUUGGCGCCAGCCGCAGCAACGCACAGACAUACAAUCAGAAUCUUGUGACGCACAUCCUCAGCAGUCCCACGCGGGGCACCCCUAUGAGGCCGGGGAUUUUCGUCCCGACUUUCAUAUUCGCGCUGUAUAAUGAAAACGCUAAGCCUGGGGCGACAAGUGAGCGAAAUUGGGGACUCUUGUACCCUGAUGGCACCGCCGUUUACCCCAUCGACAUUAAAUCCGCGAGUUCUGCAACACCAGGAGGACCUGGCGGGGAAACGCAGGGAGUUGCAGGCUUGACUGAGAACACAUGCGAUGGCAAACCCAGUGUUCUUCCUAUGUCUGCCUCAUUCUUUGGAUCUCUUUUCAAUCUUAGAAUUUAAGCCUGCUGUGACUUACUGAUCACUAGGUUUAUCAGUUCACUUUGUGGAUACAUACAUUGUAGAUUACUCUUAUACUGAGAACAUUGUUACUCCUUUAUGUGGGUCAUUGUGGAAAAGGCAAUCCCUGGAAGACUGAAGCGUAGACGUCAUCAGAAAGCCUUAGUUGGGCAUACCACUAACAAGACCAUGACUAGCGCUGUGCACCUUUUCUGUGUGCCAAUUUCUUGUGUUAAUACUUGUGGCUCGGUUUCAUGGUUGAAAUUCGAAGAUCAUGGAGUCUGUGACAUGAUACUUGUUGCA